CAGGCAUGCGCACUUGCCCACCACGAACGGGGAGGACACACCGGCGACCCGGAAGGCCUUCCCGCCACACUCCCAAGGGGGCGUGCGGUGGCGGGGGGCGAUGGCGGAGGGAGCAGCGGAGGCCUCGGUAGAGAGCGGUGGCAACUCGGGAGCCGGCGCGCCAGAACGGGGAGUGGCGCCCAUUAAACCGCAAUUCUGCACCACCAAGAAGCAAUUCCAUGAUUUUCUGGAAGCCAAAGGGCAAACGCCCUGCCAGGAAACCGAGGCAGGAAACAUUGGUGGCAAUGACCUGUCUGAGCCCGAGGCCAAGAGGAUCCGACUGGAGGAUGGGCACAAGGAGGACAGGCGGUCAGGGGAGGCGGCCGAGCCCCAGGAGCAGCCGCAGGUUCAGAAGAGGGCCCGGGGCCAGAACAGGGGCCGACCCCACCUGAAGCCCACCCACUAUGACAAGAACAGGCUCUGCCCCUCCCUGGUCCAGGAAUCCGCCGCUAAGUGUUUCUUCGGCGACCGCUGCCGCUUCCUGCAUGACGUGGGCUGCUACCUGGAGACCAAGCCGGCUGACCUGGGCCCGCGCUGUGUGCUCUAUGAGACCUUCGGAAAGUGCCCCUAUGGCGUUACCUGCCGCUUUGCCGGCGCCCAUCUGGGGCCCGAGGGCCAGAACCUGGUGCAGGAGCCACUGGUCCAGGUCCCGCUGGUCCGCAACAGCCUGGACAAGGCCCUGCAGCUGCAGCUGCGGAAGCGCGAGAUCCACUUUGAGCGCGCCGAGCGGGCCCUGCACCAGCUGAGCAAAGGCCAGCUGCCGGGCUCCACCCCAGCUGUUGCGGACCCCGAGCCCGUGGGGAGUGAGGGUGCCGCAGGGCAGGACAGCUGUGCCGCCCAGCAGGCCUCCCUUGGGGCAGGCGCGGGUGCCCCUCCCAGCGCCUCUGUGCAGACCUGUGGGCCCCUGACCGAUGAGGACGUGGUGAGGCUGCGGCCCUGUGAGAAGAAGCGGCUGGACGUCAGUGGCAAACUGUACCUGGCCCCCCUCACGACGUGUGGGAACCUGCCCUUCCGGCGAAUCUGUAAGCGCUUUGGGGCUGACGUGACUUGUGGGGAGAUGGCCGUGUGCACCAACCUGCUGCAGGGCCAGACGUCCGAGUGGGCCCUGCUCAAACGCCACCCGUGUGAGGACAUCUUUGGGGUCCAGCUUGAAGGCGCCUUCCCCGACACCAUGACCAAGUGUGCGGAGCUCCUGAACCGCACCAUCGAGGUAGACUUCGUGGACAUCAACGUCGGGUGCCCCAUCGACCUCGUGUACAGGAAGGGCGGGGGCUGCGCCCUCAUGAACCGCUCCACCAAGUUCCAGCAGAUCGUACGUGGCAUGAACCAGGUGCUGGACGUGCCGCUGACGGUGAAGAUCCGCACGGGCGUGCAGGAGCGCGUAAAUCUGGCCCACCGGCUGCUGCCUGAGCUCCGGGCCUGGGGCACGGCCCUGGUCACGCUCCACGGCCGCUCCCGGGAGCAGCGCUACACCAAGCUGGCUGACUGGCGGUACAUCGCGCAGUGCGUGACGGCGGCCAGCCCCAUGCCCCUGUUCGGAAAUGGGGACAUCUUGUCGUACGAGGACGCCAACCACGCCAUGCAGACUGGAGUUGCUGGGGUCAUGAUUGCCCGCGGCGCCCUGCUCAAGCCGUGGCUGUUCACGGAGAUCAAGGAGCAGCGGCACUGGGACAUCUCGUCGGCCGAGCGCCUGGACAUCCUGCGCGACUUCACGCACUACGGCCUGGAGCACUGGGGCUCGGACACGCAGGGCGUGGAGAAGACGCGCCGCUUCCUCCUCGAGUGGCUGUCCUUCCUGUGCAGGUACGUGCCCGUGGGGCUGCUGGAGCGGCUCCCGCAGAGGAUCAAUGAGCGGCCGCCCUGCUACCUGGGCCGAGACUACCUGGAGACGCUCAUGGCCAGCCAGACGGCGACCGACUGGAUCCGCAUCAGUGAGAUGCUGCUGGGACCCGUACCCCCCAACUUCAUCUUCCUGCCAAAGCAUAAGGCCAACGCGUACAAGUAGCUGUGGCAGCAGGCGCAGGGCCUGUGAGGGCCCAGCAGGAACCCGGGUGCUCGAGAAGACAAUAAAUUUUAUUCUUUUAAAACCCA